AUGAGGUGCCCUGAAAAAAUUACAGGACCUUACGAAGAUGAUCCAGCACCGACAUCUCUUGUCCCUGGUGCAGGAUAUCAUAAACGUUACAAUCGAUCCAGAUGCUGGUGCAGAAAGUGGGAGGUUGCAGCACCACAACUAAGUUGGAUUGGUGGGUGGAAAUUGGAACUGCAGCAUGCUCUCAAGACUUUUGGAGGCUGA